AUGGCGGUAUCAUUUGAUAGAAUUAGAAGAAAUUUUAAUAACCGAAUCGAGGAGCCUGUUCGUAAACAUCUUAGAAAUGUUUAUGCGUGUCUUGCAUUGUCCGCUGCAUCAGCCACAGCGGGAUGUUACCUAAAUAUUUACGCGAAUCUAAUGUCUGGAGGGUUUUUGACAAUUUUGCCAGCUCUUGGUUUAUUACUGGCCUUAAGAUAUACAGCACCAGAUGGAAAGAACAAUAAAUUAAGAAUGGGAUAUUUAUUGGUAACAGCAUUGGUAGGAACAAUUCUUAUAUUUUCAUCAUUUUCUCUAAGCGUUUUGUUUGCACCAAGAGGAUAUUGGUUGUUUAUCGGUGGUCCCAUUUCAACCGUUUUGAGUGCAAUGUUCUUUCUUUCAUUGGCCAACAUUUUCUUCGCUGUUCAAUGGGUAUAUCAGGUGAACCUUUAUGUAGGACUGCUUUUAAUGUGUGGAUUCGUCAUUUACGACACGACAAUAAUAAUGGAAAAAUGUAGAAUGCACGACAAAGAUUUCAUCAUGCAUUCAGUUGACCUAUUUAUCGACUUAGUUUCCAUCUUCAAAAGGCUUAUUAUUAUUUUAACAGAGAAGCAUAAUGUUUUAAUAAAACUUUUCAAUACAGAACGUUUUAAUUUGUAUGUGGGGCAUUUUAUAUAA